AUGGCGGGAGUCGCAGAAAAGGCUCGAUUCUACCUCGAGCGGGCGGUGCCCCAGCUCCGCGAAUUCGAAGAAAAAGAGAUCUUCUCCAAGGACGAAAUCAGGACCCUCGUCCAGAAGCGCACCGAGUUCGAGCACCUCGUGCUCUCCGCCGGCAACACGCCCGCCGACUUCCUCUCCUACGUCGCCUGGGAGCAGUCCCUCGAGGACCUGCGCCUCAAGCGCUGCCGCCGCAAGAAGAUCAAGCACUCGACCAGCCACGCGGGCCAGGCGCGCGCCUUCCAGAUCUUCGAGCGCGCCGUGGGGCGGCACCCGGGCAGCGAGCUGCUCUGGCGGCGGUACCUCGACCACGCGGCGCGCGCGGGCGCCACCAAGCGCUGGCGCAAGGUCAUGACGCGCGCGCUGCGCAUGCACCCUACCUCGGCGGGGCUGUGGGUGCUCGCGGGCCGCCGGGCGGCCGCCGACGGCGACAUGGAGGGCGCGCGGGCCAUGUUCAUGCGCGGGUGCCGGUUCUGCACGCGCGACGAGGCGGUCUGGGUCGAGUACGCGCGCGCCGAGAUGGAGUGGCUCGCGCGCGUGGGGCGCAAGAGCAGGCGCGCCGUCGCGCUCGAGGCCAUGCCGGCCAAGAAGCUGGCCGAGGACGUCGACGAGGACGGCAACAUGAUGUUUGGCGGCGGCGGCGAGGACGACAGCGACGAGGACGACGAGUUCGCGGACGGCAUGGCGCUGGCCGACGGGCGGGGCGGCGGCAGGAAGACCAAGGCGCCCGAGCUCAGCGAGGAGGCGGUGGACAAGAUCAAGAACAGCCCCGCGCUCGAGGGCGCGAUACCGCGCGCCGUGUUUGACAUUGCGAGGAAGCAGACCUUCUUCAAGGCGCGGACGGCGGAGGUCUUCUUCGACAUGUUUGCCGCGUUUACGGAGGUCGCGUCGCAGCCGCAGACCGUGCAGCAUGUGCUCGAUGCAAUGCAGGAGGCGUACCCGAACGAUCCCUCUACGGGAAGCUGCCUUGUGCGGCAGGCACUUAUUGGCGUGGCGCCGGAUACUGCCGCCUUCCCCAAGGCUUUGAGGGACGCGCUCGCCAAGUUGAAUACCGCACUGGGCACGACGAGCGACAAAGCUAUGCUGGCGGCAAAGACCAUUGCCUGGAUCGACCCCAUCCUGGCGAGGGAAGAUCUGGAUGAGGGCAUCCGGGCGGUUUUGGAGCACACGAAGAGGAAGCUGGAAAAUUCUUGA